AUGGACACACUGCCCGAGGAACAGCUCAAGCAGGGCAUGCUGGCCUCUAGCAUCACCCAUCAAGGCUCCGAUUCACAUCUACGGAUGCAAAUCGAUCAGCACUUCGCGGAUGAAUCACCCUUUAUCCAGCGUAAAGAAAGCAACAAACUGUUUGUAUCGUCUUGGACUCGUCUGCUCGGCGUAGCAUUCACCUCGUUGGCAGCAGCGUAUUUUUUGCUGCUUUGUUUUCGCUUUGUAGAGUCUGCGCGUCAGUGGUCCCCGCCCACUAGAUUUCUCGCAGAUCGCCGAGUUGAAUCAUGCUAUUCAGGCAGUGUGUCUGGGGAUGGCGAUGAAGGCGGCAGUUGGCCGACGGGGGAUUCGGCAGGUUUAGUGCUGGAGGGUUUUGGGGAAGGCAGCCCUUUGCUACAUCAUGAGGCUUCGGGAUUACAAGGCGCUGCCGGAGGAACACAAGAAGAAGUAGUUGCUGCUGGAUUACAAGGCGCUGCUGGAGGCGCAGAAGCAGAAGUAGAUUUAGAGGCAGAGGCUGACGAGGAGAUUUGGGAAUUCGCUGGUGGCGUUGCUUCUAACCCACAAAUACAAGAUGACUUGCACUUAUGGGAAGGCCGGAACAUGCCUGUGGAAGAAGAAGAACGCUUACUACGUCUCUUUGAGGGCAUGCAAGAGGCUGCGAGUUCAUGCAGAUCGUUGCUGCCAAUGCUGACAAACAAGCAGCGUUUGGAGUUGACAAAGCAGGUGCUUAAGCUGAUCUCCCUGGAUUUGGGAGCCAUUUGCCUAGUUAAGGAGGAUAAGGAGCCUCAUAGAAGGGCCGUGGGCGACUCUCUCAUUCAGUUGGCAAAUGACGCACUUGAACAAGUGAAGUCUGCAAGCUAUAAAAAGCACCGCGUCAAGAUUAAAAAUUUGGUAUCUUUGAUUAAUGAAUUGAAGAAACCGAGGCAUCUCGAAAGGGAAAAGAGCGCUGACAAAUACAAGAGGAAGAUGAUAGCAAUACUGGCAACUGCCGAAGUGGCACAAGAGAACUGUAUGGGAGUUUUGAACGGGCUGCUGCAGCUUAGGCAAGAUACAUUGGCAGGCCAGCUCCGACGACGAACAGUAGAGCAGCAGAUAGAGGUUAUAGCAUCGAUUUUCACAGCCCACUCUGAUCAUUUGGCUAGAGACACUACCCUUCGUCAACACAUAUUGCAUUGUCAAAAGCAUACAGGCGUGUAUGCGCUCCUAACUACCGAUCAUUUCAAGGUGUCCUCGAACAAAAUCGCUCCAGUGAAAGUGCUUAGGAAUCGGAUACUCGAGGCUGUAAGAGAUGCUGGCGGUCUUCUGCAAGCUCAACAGCUAGCAACGCAUGAGCUCGACAGUGCUAGCGGGGAAUUGGAGAAGCGGAUUGGUCACGACGAGACCGAGAUGGAGCAACCGGGCCCAAAGCCGCCGGAAAAGGAUUUGGUGGAAACGGUGCAGUCUUCGCCUUACGCAACAGCUGCUGCGGCGCGUACAGGAGUGGGUCUUCUUGGUUGA